CCCGCUCGCUCUCCCUCUUCCGCUCCCUCUCCCUCGCCGCUUUAAAGUCUCCGCCAGGCUCCGGGCUCGCAUGUUACUUCCUGCAUGGCAGAAUGGAGCGCGCCCAGCGGCUCCUGCUUGACGGCGCCUCGCCAGCUUCCUCCCCAGCCCCAACUUCCAGCCGCGGGAUGGACUGAGCGGCCGCGCCGGGGCAGGAGAGGGGACGGAGAGGACCGUGUGUGCAAAAAUGCCCUUCCCCUUCGGCCUGGCGAGAAGCCGCCCGCGUGAAGAAGAAGAGGCGGCGGCGGCGGCGGCGAAGGGGGUCCGGGCUUAGCCCAGGCGCUCCUGCUCCGGUGGCUUUUGCGGGCUAGCGCGAAGUUGGGAUCGCGAGCCCGCCCUGCUCCUCCCGCUUUUUGCUCCGAGGCCUGGAGCGGGGCUGCUGCUGAACUCCGUGCACCCCCGGGCGCAUCCGGGGGACCAACUCCGGGGCCAGGAGGAAGGGGGGACCGGGAAGGCUCUGCGCGCGCCGCUGGAUGGUGGACUCGGGGCGGGGGGGUGGGGUAGCCUUUUGGCUCUCUUUUUGGAAACCCCGCUUUGUUUCUGACUGAAGUGGCGUGCAACUUUUGCAAUUGCAAGUUAUUAUUAAUUUUUUGCGCUCCCUCCCCCCUUUUUUUCCUUUUGGAUGCCUUUUGAUUUUUUUAAAAAAAGAACACGCUUAAAGAGAACUCCCCCCACCCUUUGCUUUUUUUCGAUGUGCGGCUUCGGACAUGCGGAGGCUACUGCAACCGUGUUGCUGGAUCUUGUUCUUGAAAAUCGCCGCCUCCGUGCUCCAGUACGUGGUGUGUUUCCCCGCUUUGACUGAAGGUUAUGACGGCUCGCUGCACGAAAGCAGACACGGUAGUUCCGUGCAGAUACGGCGGCGGAAAGCGUCCGGGGAUCUGUAUUGGGCAUAUUCAGGUGCAUAUGGUCCGGAGCACUGGGUUACUUCAAAUGUGGAUUGUGGGAGGACUCACCAGUCUCCAAUAGAUAUCGUGGAUCACCAAGCACAUGUUGGAGAAGAAUACCAAGAAAUAAAGCUAGAUGGUUUCGAAAAUGAAUCCUCUAACAAGACAUGGAUGAAAAAUACUGGGAAAACUGUUGCCAUCCUCCUAAAAGAUGACUAUUUCAUCAGCGGUGCAGGGCUCCCAGGCAGAUUCAAAGCAGAGAAAGUGGAGUUUCAUUGGGGCCAGAGUAAUGGAUCAGCCGGCUCUGAGCACAGCAUCAACGGGAGGCGAUUCCCAGUUGAGAUGCAGAUUUAUUUCUACAACCCCGAUGACUUUGACAGCUUUGGGACAGCUAUCCAAGAAAAAAGAAUCAUAGGAGCCAUGGCCGUGUUCUUUCAAGUCAAUCAGAGGGACAAUCCGGCACUGGAGCCUAUUAUCCAUGGGUUGAAGGGUGUCGUACAUCAUGAGAAAGAGACCUUCUUGGAUCCCUUUGUGUUAAGAGAUCUUCUGCCAGCAUCCUUGGGCAGUUACUAUCGGUAUGCAGGUUCACUGACUACCCCUCCAUGUAGUGAGAUUGUGGAAUGGAUUAUUUUUCGCAUGCCUGUUCCCAUCUCUUAUCGCCAGCUGGAGGCAUUCUAUUCCAUAUUUACCACGGAACAGCAAGACCAUGUCAAAUCUGUGGAAUAUUUGAGGAACAACUUCCGACCUCAGCAAAGCUUGAACAAUAGAGUGGUUUCAAAGUCUGCCGUGAAGGAUGCUUGGAGCCAAGUGUCAACUAGCAUGUUUGAAAACCCACUUGGGACAGAAGCUUCCAAAGUCCUAUUAGGAGCAACGGUGGCGCCUGUCGUUUCCGUGUCGUUCUGCACGUUGGCCGCCUCGGUCACGUCACUUUUCUCCUUCUUCUCGGAAUCCUUUUCUCUCUCUUCCUCGUGCUCUCUUUCACCAUCCUCGCUUUCGCUUUUCUCGUCCUUUUCGCCAUCCUCUGCUCCUUCGUUGUCUUUUGUGAGGGUGGAAUCAUUGUCAGGUCCUGCAGAAGAUAAAGCCUCGGUGGAAGCGACAACCGGCCUCACCGACUGCUUGCUGGCGGAAGCAGCCGUUGGGAGACGAGUUGGCCAAACGGUGCUAGGAAAAGAAGAAAUACCACUCCCACUGAACCCAAGGCCUGCAAGCAAAGUGCUGGUGACCACCGAGGCCACCAAUGAAGGAUUUGCACCAGCUCAGCUUGUUUCUGUCCCUGCUGAUUCUCUGUUUUCAUUCCCUUACUAUGCAGCAGGGAAGAAUAAUUCCAGUAUGGCAACCAGUCCUGCUCCUGGCAAAAUGGAAUGGAUCAUUCCCCUCAUCGUAGUCUCAGCUCUGACGUUUGUGUGCCUCAUACUUCUUAUUGCUGUGCUAGUUUACUGGAGAGGGUGUAACAAACUAAAGUCCCAGGGCUUGCCCCGAUAUUUCCGUGAAGUGCCUUCUUCUCACGACAGAGGAAAGAAGGGGAACAGAAAAUGUUUUCAGACUGCUCAUUUCUAUGUGGAGGACAGCAGUUCCCCUCGAGUGGUGCCAAACGAAAACAUUCCCAUUAUUCCCAUCCCAGAUGACAUGGAAGCAAUUCCUGUCAAACAGUUUGUGAAGCAUAUCAGUGAGCUGUAUGCCAACAACCAGCAUGGAUUCUCAGAAGACUUUGAGGAAGUGCAGCGUUGUACGGCCGACAUGAACAUCACUGCUGAGCAUUCCAAUCACCUUGACAACAAGCACAAAAACAGAUACAUAAACAUUUUAGCAUACGAUCACAGUAGAGUGAAGUUAAGACCUUUACCGGGAAAAGACUCCAAGCACAGUGACUACAUUAAUGCUAAUUACGUUGAUGGGUACAACAAAGCAAAAGCGUACAUUGCCACCCAGGGACCUUUAAAGUCGACAUUCGAAGAUUUCUGGAGAAUGAUUUGGGAGCAAAACACUGGAAUUAUCAUCAUGAUUACAAACCUUGUGGAAAAAGGCAGAAGAAAAUGUGACCAGUACUGGCCCACUGAAAACAGUGACGAAUAUGGUAAUAUUAUAGUCACACUGAAGAGCACAAAAGUACAUGCUUGCUACACUGUCCGCCGCUUCACAGUCAGGAAUGCAAAAAUGAAAAAGGGGAACCCUAAAGGGCGCCAGAAUGAGAGAACGGUUAUUCAGUACCAUUACACGCAGUGGCCCGACAUGGGAGUGCCUGAAUAUGCUUUGCCAGUGCUAACAUUUGUGAGAAGAUCCUCUGCAGCUAGGACCCCUGAGAUGGGCCCAGUGGUCGUGCAUUGCAGUGCUGGCGUUGGUAGGACUGGAACCUACAUUGUUAUAGAUAGUAUGCUGCAACAGAUAAAAGACAAAAGCACAGUUAAUGUCCUCGGUUUCCUGAAACACAUCAGGACACAGCGCAACUACCUCGUCCAGACAGAGGAACAGUAUGUUUUUAUUCAUGAUGCCUUGUUGGAAGCCAUUCUUGGAAAAGAGACGGAAGUUUCUGCCAACCAGCUACAUAGCUAUGUUAAUAGCAUUCUCAUACCUGGAGUUGGAGGCAAGACUCGGCUAGAGAAACAGUUCAAGCUGGUUAUGCAGUGCAAUGCAAAGUAUGUGGAGUGCUUCAGUGCUCAGAAGGACUGCAACAAAGAGAAGAACAGGAAUUCAUCAGUAGUGCCAUCUGAGCGAGCAAGGGUGGGACUGGCACCAUUACCUGGAAUGAAGGGAACUGAUUACAUUAAUGCAUCCUACAUCAUGGGUUACUACCGGAGCAAUGAGUUCAUCAUAACGCAGCAUCCCCUGCCACAUACGACGAAAGAUUUCUGGAGAAUGAUUUGGGAUCACAAUGCACAGAUCAUUGUCAUGCUUCCAGACAACCAGAGCUUGGCAGAAGAUGAGUUUGUGUACUGGCCAAGUCGAGAAGAAUCCAUGAACUGUGAGGCCUUUACUGUGACCCUUAUCAGCAAAGACAGGCUGUGCCUCUCUAACGAAGAACAGAUCAUCAUCCAUGACUUCAUCCUUGAGGCUACCCAGGAUGACUAUGUUUUAGAAGUACGCCACUUUCAGUGUCCCAAAUGGCCAAAUCCAGAUGCCCCAAUCAGCAGUACCUUUGAACUAAUCAAUGUAAUAAAGGAAGAGGCCUUAACAAGAGAUGGCCCCACCAUUGUUCAUGAUGAGUAUGGAGCAGUGGCGGCUGGAACUUUAUGUGCCCUUACCACCCUGUCCCAGCAGCUGGAGAAUGAAAACGCUGUUGAUGUUUUCCAGGUGGCAAAGAUGAUCAAUCUAAUGAGGCCGGGAGUAUUCACAGACAUUGACCAGUACCAGUUUCUUUACAAAGCAAUGCUAAGCCUGGUCAGCACUAAGGAAAAUGGAAAUGGCCCCAUGGCCCUGGACAAAAAUGGUGCUGUUAUGGCCAAUGACGAAUCAGAUCCUGCAGAAAGCAUGGAGUCUCUUGUCUGAUUGGAAUACUGAAAAGGCACUUACUUUCUGAAGACUGAGUGAACUUUUUGAGGCCUUUUUUGCCAGACUCUAGGUUAUUCAAUAACCCAAUUACUUUUUUACACUGAUAAAAAGUUUUGAUAUUUAUUUUUGCCAUUUUAUGUCUUAAUGGUAUCCUACUGAGCAUUUGCACCUCUGUUUAUUUCACACAGUGAAACGCAAUUUUAUCUAGUUUGCACUAUAUGAUCAGUGUUAACUGCCUAUCAAGUUGUAAUACACAAAGCAAGCAAGCAAACCCUGAUGUGACAUUCCAUGAUGACAAACAUGCUACUUUUUAGUUGAAAUGCCGUGACGUUUUGUUGAGUUCCAUGAGCACUAAAAGUCUUGAAUGCUAGACCGGAAGGAUUCUUUUUUGAUUCAAAAGAAAUUCUGUACCUGUGACAUACUCCAAUAUUUAUUGUUUAAUUUUCAUAGAACUUUGGCAAUCGUUAUAGGUCUUUUGUAUUCCAGUAACAUGGAUGAGUGUUGUUCAUUUCCUUUCAGACGACGUGGUGAGGUGAUCACUGGCAAUGCAGAAGUGCAGUAGCUUCCAGGGAUGGAACGUGGUUCCGCAUUUUUAUUCCUUUGUCUGCACGUAAGCUUAAGAACUGCUUACCAUGGAACAUAUAAAAUUACAUUCCCAACAUACAUACAACAACUUAUACCUGAGGCAGAAUCUAAAAGAUUAGUUUGACAGCAUCACUGAUUCUAAAGUUUUUUUUAUUUUCGAUUCUGCAACAGCAAUAUUAAAAAAAAUAUUUUGAUAAUAUUUAACCAUAGACAUUUUAGUAAUUAACGGUGCAAAAAUUACUAUCAGCCCCCCUUUAUUCCAAAAGCGUUUGGGUAGCAGUUGCCUCAGUUACUACUCAGAAUUUUAAACUCAUGCAGUUCCUUAAUUCUUCUGAAACAGAACCUCUGACUGAAGCGUACAGUACUUGAUAGAGUAAGGAAUUUCUUAAUUUGAUAGCUAUUAGAUGCUGUUUUUACAGGUAUGUAAUUUUCAUACUUUAGUGCUAAAACGUACUGAUCCAUUUUACUGGUGAAGUGAUCUAAUAAAAAAAACUACCUAUAA